UCACGUGCACCCAUAUACGAGAUGGUGAGGUUGGUGAUAAUGUUGGUGAUGGUGAUGGCAGCAAGUGAUUGUGUGACUACAGAUGUUCAGCCUGACGUCAGGAAUUAUGACUUGUUCACGCCAAUCCAUGAAAACUGUACACGUAGUCUGAUGGAGUUACUGUUGCUGAGGCAAGAAAUUCGUCUGAACCAGCUUAUAGAAACAGAAAAGGAGUCAGCAGCCACACUAGCCACAGUGGCUCAAUUACUGACUGAAGUGAAAGAUGCAAUCAUCAGUAAGCCUAAACAAGAAUCAGAGGAUUUUCACAGUGAGGUGUGCACAGCACCAUUCUCAAGAGUAGGAAAAACCUGCCUCUUGCUUGCGUUAGGGCAUCAAGUCACCUGGGCCGCAGCUCGACAGUAUUGCUCUGCCAGAAGUGGUGAUUUGGCUACAUUCAGUGAUGCUAACACCUAUGCUGAGUAUCUUGGUUACGUCAACGUAGUCAAUAAAGAAAAUGCAGCUGUAUCGAUAUGGAUCGGUGGGUCAGAUGAAGCUGAGGAAGGUGUGUGGACCUGGAUCACAGGAGAACUUAUGCCCAGAGGUCCACCAUUCUGGGGAUCAAUAGAUGGGUACAGAGCAGAACCAGGUGGGGGACGUGGAGAGAACUGCUGCUUUCUGUUUCAUUCUGACAAGUACUAUCUGCAUGAUGGACAUUGUGUUAACGUUAAAGCAGCACCACUAUGUCAGAAAGUAUAUAACUGAUCUCUAAAUGUUUUAUUGCAUUUAGCUCAGAUGUUGUCACUGAAGAAGUUUAUUUGGAGCAGUUUACUGGAUUUACUUGGAGUUAAUGUAUUGAUUGUGUGGCAAUCUAUAAUCAUAAAAAUAUGUUUUUUUAAAUAAAAACAAUGCAAGAAC